AUGGCUCCCGUCCUCCCGACCCUCGCGGGCCUCGCUACCGCCCUUUUAGUCAGGCAAGCUGCCGCCCAAUGCCAGAACCCCACCGGCCCGGGGACCGGCAGCCGCGUGUUGGCCGACGGCUACGAGGCCAAACUCCUCAUCAACGGGCUCCGCGCGCCCCGCCACAUGGCCAUCGACCAGCAGGGAAACUUGCUCGUAGCGGAGCAAGGCGGCGGCGGUAUCCGUCGCAUCAGCUUUCAGGACAACGGGGCAGAGGAAGGGGCGCCGAUGUCUGAACCACGGAAUUGCUCUCUCCCCCUCGGCGACACUCUCUUCGCCUCCUCCGCUACCGACGUGUAUCAGUACGAGUACGACGCAGCGGCUGGGACGGUGGGCCAGCCCAAGCACCUCAUCACCGGCAUGGUCCAGGGCGGCUACCACCAGACGCGGACCCUCGUCGUGCCCCUCAACGAGCCCAACAAGCUCAUCCUCUCUCGGGGCUCCGAGGAUAACGUCGACACCGCCGCGGCGCAGGAGAGCACCGGCCGCAGCAUCAUCAAGUUUUGGAACAUUGACGAAUUUACCGGCAUUGCUCUGGACAUGGCUAGUACCGGUACCACCCUGGGCUGGGGUCUGCGCAACAGCGUCGGCGUGGGUGAGGAUCCCACCACCGGCGGCAUCUGGUCCGUCGAAAACUCCGUCGACAACAUGCAGCGCCUCGGUCAGGACGUGCACAACGAGAACCCCGGCGAGGAGCUCAACUACCACGGCCUCGUCAACUCCACCGCACCCAACGAGUUCCUCGGCAAAAACUACGGUUACCCCGGGUGCUAUGCCGUCUGGGAGCCGUCCCUCAUCACCGGCAUCGACGGCGGCGCUAAAGUCGGGAUGCAGGUGACGAGCAUGGAGUCGCCCGACACCCAAAACACGGACGCUGCCGCCUACGUUAGCUUUCACGGCAGCUGGAACCGGAGCCCGCCCGAUGGUUAUCGCCUUAGCCGCAUCGACUUCAAGGAUGGUCAGCCAGUUGCUCCUCGUGAUAGCCGAGACGCGGCGGUCAACGUCAUGUGGAACGCCAACAACAGUGCUUGUCCCGGCGGCUGCUUCCGGCCUACCGGUCUCGCAAUCGAUAGCGAGGGCCGCAUCUUUAUGAGCUCCGACUCCACGGGAGAGAUCUAUCUCAUUGUCAAGUCGUCCUAA